CUUAUCAGUUGCUAUUUACAAAAUGAUACAUGGUAGUUAUAAUAACACGUAGAUUCUGAAACUGUUUUUAAAAAUGGGACUAAGUCGGUAAAUCUUACGUACAAAUUAUACCUGAUUGUUGGAUUUAUUCAUGGAAAACGAAUUUGACAAUUAUGUUCCUGGUUGUUUUAAAGUGACUUUGAGAAGAGAAACUGCGAAUAAGAAGGUCAUUUGACAUGGCUACAAGGGACUUGCUCGUCGGAGCAAUAGACUUUGGCACAACUUAUUCUGGCUGGGCUUUCUCCUUCCUGCAUGAUUUUCAGGCGGAUCCUACUAAAGCGACUGUCAAGCAAUGGUUCUCUAGUGGAACUCUAGUUACAGAAAAAGCACCCACGUGUUUGUUGAUAAAGUCAGAUGGAAAGACACUGGAAGCGUUUGGAUAUGAUGCUGAAAACCAAUACAGGGAGCUUGCAGAUAAUGAAAUGCACGAGAAGUACUACUACUUUAGAAGAUUUAAAAUGGCACUCAACAAGAAGCUUGGUGAGAACCUGGACCGUAAUAUGACUAUAGAAGAUGAGAUGGGAAAAUCGAUGAAUGCACUAAACGUUUUUGCCAUGGCAAUAGACUUCUUAGUAGGAGAUAUGAUGAAGAAUGUAAAAGAUAAACUAACCUCCGCUAUUGGCAAGGAUGAAGUUCACUGGGUACUGACUGUCCCAGCAAUAUGGACAGAUGCUGCCAAACAAUUCAUGAGAGAAGCUGCUGUGCAGGCUGGACUUUUAACGAACAAAUUGACGAUUGCACUGGAGCCAGAAGCAGCAUCGAUAUUCUGCCGCCAUUUAUCGGUGGACACAGCUAUUUCUGGUGGAAAUAUUUCAAUAGCGAAGAUGCCUGUUGGUACUAGAUACAUGGUCCUUGAUGCAGGAGGCGGUACAAUAGAUAUAACGGUACACGAAGUUGUCAGCGAGAACAGCGUUAAAGAGAUCCAGUCAGCAAGUGGUGGUGGAUGGGGAGGCAUGCUCGUUGACAAAGCCUUUGAAAACCUUAUCAUUGAUCUGACUGGGCGAAAGGUUUAUGACGUAUUUAAACGAACGGAAACAGAGGAUUGGCUUGACCUCUGGCGUGAUUUUGAAGUAAAAAAAAGAGGUGUUGCACCGGAAAAAACGGCUCGUGUAAAUAUGAAAUUUCCUCUCUCGUUAAGUAACACAUUUGAAAAAGUUACUAAAGGAAAACUAAUGGAUGCCAUUGAGGCUUCUAAAUAUACAAAGGAUAUUCAGUUUGGUGGAGACAAGAUAAAAAUUUCCGCCAGUCUCUUCAAGAGUCUUUUUGAACAUUCAAUAGGAAAAACUAUCGGUCACGUUUCAGCCCUUCUCCGAGAUGAAAACACAAGGAAGAUAAAAAGUAUUUUAAUGGUAGGUGGUUAUUCUGAAUCCCCUUUGCUUCAACACGCAAUCAAAGAAGCGUUCCCAGACGUAGACGUUGUAAUACCAAUCGGUGCAUCAUCUACUAUUGUCAGAGGAGCUCUGGUGUAUGGACACAGCCCUAUAUCUAUACGUGAAAGAGUCUUGAAAUAUACAUACGGCGUGGGAACUACUCAACCGUUUAAAGAAGGUAUUGAUCCUGAGCAUCUCAAACUUCAAGCUGCAACUGGCUUGAGAUGUAAAACGUUCAGUAAGCACGUGGAGAAAGGUCAAGUUGUAAGAUGUCAUGAACCUCAAGUCGAAAGAGGUUACAGAACAAAUCAAACAUUUCAACGUCGAAUAAAGUUUCCAAUUUAUGCCACUGAACUGACUAAAGCAAGGUAUACAGAUGACUGUACAUACAUUGGGGAAAUCAGACUAGAUCUAGAAAACCCAGAUGAGUUACCAGGAAGACGUGUUGUAGUAUCCAUGACAUUUAGUGGAACAGAAAUUGUCGUCAAAGCUGUUGAUGAGAAAACCGGGAGGGACACACAUGUUUUUGUCAACUUCCUUGGAUAAAGAAAACGCACCCUCGUCGUGAGAAACGUGACAUCUUUCCUUGGGAACUCAAUUAAUGCCUUACGUAUGUUUUUAAGCACCUAAAUUUGGACUUUUAUUAUAAUCAUCAUAUUUACGUUUUAUGAUAUUCUUUUUGAUGUAUUAUAAAUCAUUGUGAUAAAUGUUGGACUUUUAUCAUUGCUGAUGUAAACUCACAAUCAAUUGACAUGCGAUACUAGUUGAUUCUUUAGAAUAAACUGUAUUAUUUACUUAUAAUUGCUUAUCCUGUAUGUAUACUGUUAAGUCAAUUUACAUUUGUCGUUUUGUUAAUGACUCAUAACCAAUGUAUAAAACGCGUUCCGUCAAUACCAAUUAGUACUAGGAUUGAUAUAAUCCAGAGCUGUAUCAGUAUUCAACCUAUGUCCAAUAUGAUAGAUCAACGAACCUGUUAUUUGGCCAUUUCUGCCUUUAAGACACUUAUUUUCGAAUAAAAGAAGUUUUUGUCAUUUAUACAUAUUUCAAAAAAUCAAGAGAUUCUUACCAGAUAUCUAUUACAUGAACUUAAGAAAAUAUAACCUUACAAGAUUCCUUAUAAUAAUCUUUUAUCGUAAAGGAGUAAUACAAAAUCUCCGUACCUGGAAAAGAAUAGUCAAAACGGCAAUCAAUAGAGUUUGAUUGGAAAAACCUUGCACUGUGCGAUGAAAGUUUGAAUCAACGCCUUCUUGUACAUCCUGUUUUUGAACCAUGUAUUCUUUGGCAUUUCAGUCGCAAAAGAAAUUACCAAUUUAAAACAAAUUUCUAGGAAAUAUGAUAUGAGCUGCAAAAAAUUGUAACAUAGUAACAAAUGCUAUUUAUUUCAUUGUCGAGACCAGAGUGUUUGUUUCAAUUGUCUUCAUGCAUCGGUAAACAAAUACACGCUGUCAGUCUUACUUUGAUGUAUGAAACACGCUCAUUCAAACUCACACAUACACAGACUCGUACUUACACAAACAAACACAAACUCUCCCACGCUCGCGCGCACGCACGCACACACGCACGCACGCACACACACACACGCAUGCACUGUUGUUCCUAAUUAUUUCAUUUUCAUUAUUUUUUAAUUUUAUAUACAUAGCUCUAUGUAAUUGUUUAAAUUGGGUCAUAAAUCUUAUCCAGUGUUGCAGGUACAUGUAGAUAUUAAAUUUGUAUAAUCCUUCAAGAUACUUUUUUCGUUUCGCCCAGAGGAUAUUGCUGAAUACAAUAUUUCAAAAUUUUGUUAGUUUUCAUAUACAAGUACGUAUGGUUUCUAUGUUGAAUAAAUAUUAACCUUAUCUGUGUUAUGCAUCCAUUCUGUAUUUAUUUGGUAUUUGUUACAUUUAUAUAAUUAUAUUCACAUGUUUGUUUGUCAGUCAUACAUUUAUGUACUGUGUGUACUUUUCAAAACUGGAGGAAAUAAGAAGUAUAUAUGCAUAAAAAAUACAUUACAUGUUUAUAGCACAUGAACAAGAUAUAUUUUUGCAGAGGACAUAGAUUUUUUAAAGAGCAUAAAAGUACGGUGUGAAAGAUAUGAAUUCAUAAUAAAACUUGUUUGAAGUUCUGCAUAACUGCUUUCUGAUUUAAUUUGUAUAAAAAAUAGAUAUUUAGAAAGAUCUCUUAUAAUUAUUUUAGAUUCAGACAACACUAAAUUAGUAAAUUUCUGCCAUGUAUUAUAGUAGCGUCUAUGAAAUUUUGGCGAAGGUCAGCAUAUUGUGAACAUUUGAACAAAAAGUGAAACUCGUUUUCAAUUUGCCUUGAAGAAAAAUAAAUGCAU